AUGAUUUCAAAUAACAACUCCAGUUGUUCACAACAAACUAAGUUUAAUCUUGUUCAAGUGAAGGGAACAUGGAUUCGACAAAGUGACCAGUUCCAGCUGGCAGAGGGAAAGUUAUCAGAUGCUAAAAUCUAUGAGAACAAGUCAGAACAUGGGGUUUCCUGGACAGUGGUCAGCCCUGUUGUGUUCACCUACAGAGUUAUUCAGUGCAAAAACACACUGGAUCCCACGAAUGACACACUGCUCUGGGGUCACUUAGGAGAAGAGGAACUUAAACACACCUUAAGUAACUGCAAACCACCGAAGCGAUUUGUUGUCAUUGAUGAAAAUGUCAAUAAGCUGUAUGGCUCCCAGGUUUCUCAGUACUUUAAAGCCAGAGGGGUCGUUUAUAAGAUUCUCCCUCUGCCCACCACUGAAGAGAACAAGUGUAUGGAGUUAGUGACCAAGAUCCUGGAGGAAGUUCAUGAGUUUGGUAUCGACAGACGCUCCGAGCCAAUCGUAGCCAUCGGCGGUGGAGUUUGUCUGGAUGUGGUGGGCUUGGCGGCAUCUCUCUAUCGCCGAAGGACCCCCUAUAUUCGAGUGCCGACCACUCUACUUUCCUAUAUUGACGCCAGUGUAGGGGCAAAAACAGGAGUCAACUUUGCCGGCGGGAAAAACAAGCUGGGAAGUUAUGUCCCACCAGUGGCAGCCUUCUUGGACUGCUCAUUCUUCCAAACUCUCCCACCACGUCAGAUCUCUAAUGGGAUGGCAGAGAUGUUAAAGAUGGCUCUGAUGAAGCACCGGGGCCUGUUUGAGUUGAUGGAGACUGAGGGCAGGAAACUGCUGCAUACCAAACUGCAGGUUUGCGAGACCAGUCCUGAACAGGAAGACAGCGCCACAGCCACCAUCCGCAUCGCUAUAGAAACCAUGCUUGAGGAACUGGCUCCUAACUUGUGGGAGGAUGAUCUGGACAGGCUGGUGGAUUUUGGUCACCUCAUCAGCCCAGAGUUAGAAAUGAGAAUAUUGCCAGCACUGCUUCACGGAGAGGCAGUCAACAUCGAUAUGUCCUUCAUGGUAUAUGUGGCCGUCCAAAAGGGACUUCUCACAGUAGAUGAGAAGAAUCGUAUUAUCCAAUGCAUGCUGAGUAUGGAGCUUCCUGUGUGGCACCGGGACUGCACUCUGGAGCUGGUGCAGAAAUCCCUUAAGGAGCGUCUGAAGCACUCUGCUGGCUCUCUGAGGAUGCCUCUUCCCACAGGAUUGGGAACUGCAGAAAUCUUUCAUGGUAUGAUUGGUGAUGGAAUUCUUUGCCAAGCCCACAAGAAAUGGACUGAUGAGCUUUCUUCAUCAGGAGGCAAAUGA